AUGUUUGAGAGCACGCAGGUGUACACGACCAAGGUGCUUGCCGGGGAGGAGACCGGGCACGAGGAACAUUCAGAGAUCGUCAGGGCGUUCCGGGACUUUAUUUUGGAGUUUCGGGAGGGCAGUCGGUUCGUGUACCGUGAUCAGCUACGGAACAACCUUCUUGUGCAGCGGUACCUGCUGCGAGUGAAGACGGAGGAUUUGAUAGGGUAUAAUGAGGAGUUGUAUAAGGUGUUGAAGGAGGAUCCUGUGGAGGUUGUUGGGUUGUUUGAGCAGGGGAUCACGGAGGUUGGGCGUCGGAUUGCGGUUUUAAGUCGGCAGGCAGGGAGACAAGAGGAGGCGGGCGUGGCGGGCGGUGUGGCGGGUGGCGGCGUGGACGAGCAGGAUGAGGAGGAGGAGGAUGGGCGAGGGGAGAUUGAGCGGUGCCAGUUGAUUCUUGAGUCGGACUCGGUCGAGAUAGGGGUGCGGGAAUUGGGAUCGCAGAAUGUGUCCAAGGUUGUGAGGAUCAGUGGGAUUAUUAUUUCUGCGUCGGUGCUCACCUCACGUGCGACGUAUUUGGCAUUAAUGUGUAGGAAUUGUCGUCAUAUGACAGGAAUGGGUGUUAAUAACCUGCAGUAUGUUGGUGGGAACAGCAGUGUUACAUUGCCUAGAUCGUGUCUUGCUGAUCAUUCUAAUGACGACGGCACGUCAUCUGGUAACCCUUGUGGUCAGGAUCCGUACAUGAUUGUGCAUGAGAAUUCGAGGUUCAUGGAUCAGCAGUUUUUGAAAUUGCAGGAGAUCCCAGAGUCAGUGCCGAUUGGGGAGAUGCCUCGAAAUCUGCUUAUGGUGUGCGAUCGGUACUUGGCGAAUAGGGUGAUUCCAGGGACAAGAGUAACUGUGGUUGGGGUAUAUUCGAUUUACCAGUCGAAGGGCUCCAAGGGAGGUGGAGGCGGCAACCGUGGAGGGGUGGCUAUUAGAAAUCCGUAUAUCAAGGUUCUAGGGAUUGAAACCGUUUCCAAUAACCCUAUUUCUUCGAUGGUUUCGAUGUUUAAUGAGACGGAAGAAGAAGGAUUUGUGCGGAUGUCGAGAAUGCCAAAUCUGUACGAGCUUUUUGCGGAAUCAAUUGCACCAAGCAUCUAUGGAAACACAGAUAUCAAAAAGGCAAUCGUAUGUCUGCUGAUGGGCGGGUCUAAAAAGCUGUUGCCGGACGGCAUGCGGCUGCGUGGCGAUAUCAACGUGCUUUUACUGGGCGACCCGGGAACUGCGAAAUCGCAGCUGCUGAAAUUCGUCGAAAAAGUGUCACCAAUUGCAAUCUACACGUCAGGUAAAGGUUCGUCUGCAGCAGGGUUGACUGCAUCGGUGCAGCGGGAUUCGAGUACGCGGGAGUUUUAUCUAGAAGGAGGCGCCAUGGUACUUGCCGAUGGUGGCUGCGUCUGCAUCGAUGAAUUUGAUAAGAUGCGUGACGAAGAUCGUGUGGCCAUACACGAAGCGAUGGAACAACAGACCAUCUCCAUUGCUAAAGCGGGGAUCACAACGGUACUGAACUCACGCACAAGUGUUCUUGCAGCAGCGAAUCCCAUAUAUGGCCGUUACGACGAAUUGAAGUCCCCUGGUGAGAACAUAGAUUUUCAAACCACAAUCUUAUCCCGUUUCGAUAUGAUCUUUAUUGUCAAGGACGAACAUAAUGAGCAAAGGGACACAUCCAUCGCCCAUCAUGUCAUGAACAUCCAUACAGGACGUACCACAGUCCAGGAUGAAGAAGCCUUUGGCGGUCACAGCGGCAACAACAACAACCACACCGCUGAAGUUCCUAUAGAUAAAAUGAAACGCUACAUUACCUAUUGCCGUUCAAGGUGCGCCCCCAGACUAUCACCCGAAGCAGCUGAGAAACUCUCCUCUCAUUUUGUCACCAUCAGAAAACAACUACUAAUCAACGAACUAGAGUCCAAAGAAAAAUCUUCCAUCCCCAUCACGGUAAGACAGUUGGAAGCCAUCAUCCGUAUAACAGAAUCCCUUGCCAAGCUAGAACUCAGCUCUGUGGCUGAAGAACGCCACGUCGACGAGGCCAUCCGUCUCUUCCAGGCUUCCACCAUGGAUGCCGCCUCCCAAGACCCCAUCGGCGGCAUGCAAGAUUCAAACAUAGUAUCAGAGGUUCGUAACCUGGAGGCUGAACUCAAAAGAAGACUACCAAUUGGCUGGUCUACUAGUUUACAAACCCUCAAAAGAGAGUUCGUCCAAUCUAACAGAUAUUCUCAACGAGCUCUGGAUAGGGCACUCUACAUUUUAGAAAGGCACGAAACUAUACAGUUGAGACACCAGGGCCAAAACGUCUACCGCAGUGGUGUGUGA